AGGAUUUUCUCUGGCAAGCAACAGAAUUCAGGGGCAAAUAUUUUAAAGUUGAACAAAAUCUGAAUUCUAAUCAUAAUUUAUUUUGAGAAAAGUAGGCUAUGCCUCCUAAAAGAGCUGCAGCCACUUCUGAGCAAGGUAUGUCUGACGAUCUCAAGAAGUAUGCAGCUCAUCCCCCAACAAUGGUGAUGGUAAAAGAAGCCAUUGCCGAGCUUAAUUCAAGAAAGGGGUCUUCUACACAGGCAAUACGUAAUUAUGUAACGGAAAAGUAUCCGUCAAUUGAUUCGGUAAGGUUAAAGUAUCUGGUUCGCCAGGCAGUAGUGAAAGGAGUUGAGAGGGGUGAGUUCGUGAGACCAGCGAAGUCUACUUUCAGUGGGGCGCAAGGAACUUUCCGUCUUGCAGUCAAGAGAAAAGCCAAAGGGCCUAAAACCGCAUCUGAGAACAGCGAUCCCAAUGUCGAAAUGGCUGCCGAACCUGGAGCUAAGAAAACAAAGACUAAAAAGAUAAAAGAUGCUGAGGAAGAACCAGUACAAAAGCGAAAGGAUCCAAAACCGAAGGCGGCUUCGAAAGUGGCACCUGAGGCUUCUGGGGACAAGUCUGAUGGCGAGGAGGAGCCCAAGCGCAAGACCUCCUCCAAAGUUGCAAAGGGCACCAAGAAAGAACCUGUAAAAAAGGAAAAGCUCCCCACUGAGGAUUCAAAAUCGAAGAAGGCCCCCAAGGCCGGUGCAGCUGCCUCCAAAGUCGUUCCUGCCAAGAGGCCCAAGGCCAAGAGGUCUGCAGAGGGUGAGGUGGGGACAGAGCAGCAGAAAAAACCCAGGGUGCCGAGGGCCUCCAAAGCUGCCAAGGACAAGGGGGCAGAACCAAAGGAAGCUGCCAAGGUGGCAGAACCGAAGGUUGCGAAGGUGGCAGAACCGAAGGUGGCCAAGAAACCUGAGGUUGAGGAAGAAGCUGCCUCCACACAAGCUGCCCCUGGGAGACGAGGAAAAGGAGUGAAAAAUUGACCCCCCCCCCCCCCCAACAAAAAAUAUAUAUUUGUUUUUAGUAAUGCACUUUUUCAAUAAAGAUGACUUGUUUUAAGUUA